UUAAUCUUCAUAGAAAAGGUGUAUCAAAAUUAGCUGCGAGAAAAUUCAAAUUUUGACAAGAUGUUGAGAGCGUGUAGGUGUAAUCAAAAUGUAGGUCCUGUCGUGACAGCGGUGAUGUACCUCGAUAAGAAGAAAGGAGUUAGCGUCUCAGAUGUCGCUGACUUUCUACGUCACAACUACGGCCUCAAAACUCUCCCGGACUAUAAGAAGUCUUUGAAACUAGCAGUAGAAAAGGGAUUCUUGACUGUCAGACAAAACCGCUUCUACCCUGCACUGAACAGAAUCUUGGAGGCACGUCGGAGACGCAAACGAUCACUAAAGCGUCGAAGAGCUAGACGUCACGACGACAAUGAUGAGGUAGUCGCAGCCCGCGGUCGCAGACAACAAAGAUAUCGGUACAAAAGGAGAAGCCGUCAACAAACGGGACGGCAACGUGAAGCAGGCAGUGAACUGAUAGAGGCUCGACGCAGGAGAAGGUCUAUUAGCAAAAGACUCAGGAGGAGACAUAGCACUAUCCAGGCUCGAAGAAGACGUAGGUCUAUAAGACGUCGCAACGAUGACUCCGACGAUCUCACUAUGGCUCGUCGUCGCCGUAAGAGAUCUACAAGACACGCUAGGAGGCGAGAUGUCUCCGACGAUCUCACCAUGGCUCGUCGUCGCCGUAAGAGAUCUACAAGACACGCUAGGAGGCGAGAUGACUCCGAAGAUCUCACCAUGGCUCGUCGUCGCCGGAAGAGAUCUAGAAGACACGCUAGGAGGCGAGAUGACCUAGAUGAUCUCACCAUGGCUCGUCGAAGACGCAGGUCUCGUAGAAGCACGCGCAGACGUCGAGGCCGCAAACACGAAGAAUCUGCUCCUUAAGCUCAAGCUGGGGAGUCUCACAACAAUCCUCCAGAGUAAUAAUUAUAUUUUGUCUAAUUUCCUUCCUGUCAUGU